CAGAAUGGAUAUAGUUGGUCGGAACUGUACGGUACCACAUACGAUAGUGGUGGUAAUGAUAAUCCAUUAAGAUGGACACAGUAUACAAUGCGAUGCCAUUAUGUUAAACAGGUUCGUGCUCUUAUUGUUGCUGUACGCUUAUAUACAGGUAGAGCUGUUGAUGUUAUAGCCUAUUCAUUGGGUGUUCCAAUAUCACGAAAAGCUAUUUUAGGAGGACAGUGCGUAGAUACGGGUGAAGAUCUUGGCAGACCAUUAACCAAAUUUAUUGACACAUUUGUAGGUAUUGCUGGUCCAAAUCACGGAAUUGCUUUGCAGUUUCUCGGUUUAAGUUUUCCUGGUUGCGCAGUCGCUCCAAUACCCAUCUGUAAUCCGGAAACUGGACUUUUUUCUGGUAUUUGCCCAAUAGAAAGUAGAUUCUUGAGAGAUAUAAAUGCAGUAAGUAGAUACGAGGGACAAAAAAUAUAUUCAAUAUUCAGUAAAACUGAUCAACUUGUUGGUUAUACAGUUUGCAAUUGGGUUACUACAAGGGUACCUGGAGAAGAUGGUGAAAAAGUUUUUGAGAAUGCGAAUCAUGAUCAGGUUUGGGAAGGUUCAUUUGAGGUUCAAAGGCGAAUGGUAACAGACCAUAUUAUUGUAUGA